CUCGCGACAGUUAUCGAGACUGCACUCGUUGGUUAGGUUGUCUUGGUCCUUGACUCGUGCGUAAUGCAUUUCGCAGCUUUAUAUUAAAAAAAGCCAGAGAAGUUUCAUUACUCGAGACGUCUCGAGACGAUCGGUGACUGACGUCGCGAAUGUCAAAACGCCUCGCCGGAGCGCUGUUGUAAGGAAAUAUGGCUGCGACCGCGAAGACCGUAUUGCCCGAGGAGAGCGAGCUGACUGUUCAGGAGCUGAAUGUCAGCUGGCCGGUGCUGCACACCGCGUCGGUUUAUAUCGGCAAAGCCUGCGAGUGGUACAACAAUGAAUUUAUGUUAUGUAGAGAAGAAGAAGGUGAUCCACGUCGUUGCCUCAAUGAGGGAAAACACGUGACUGCUUGUGCGAUGGGCGUUCUUAAAAAAAUGAAGAAACACUGCCUGGAAGAUUUUAAUGCAUACAUGUAUUGCCUUGAGAGAUCAUCAGGAUCACUGGAUCUUACCAAGUGCCGGAAAACACAAGCUGCUUUAGAUGAUUGUGUUCGUAAAAAUAUGAAUAUAGAACGUCCACCUUUUGGAUAUUUUUGCGAGGCCAAAGUACACAAUACAGAAAGACCGCGGCCACCACGAAGAGAUGAGCCUACAACAUUUCCAGAUCCAACUCCUGGACUAUCAGCUGAUAUACCACGUGAGAAGGCAAAAUACCACAAUCGCAUUUGGUAUAAAUCUUAAGUCUCUCGAUAUAUAUCAUUAGUACUUUGGUCGCGCUGCAAAAGUUAUAUUCGCAAGAUUCAUCAAAUAAUUGGAUAAUUAUAGAGAAUCGAGCGUAUUGCGAUUUGCAGCUUCCGAAUGCUGUAGAAACGUUUGUUUCAUAUGGAAAUGCAUAGAAUUUGCCAUUGUACAUUAUCUUGUGAAUAUAAAUUUGUGAACAACAAAAUAAGUGAUAAGUUGCUUGAUUAUUGUUGUUAUAUCUUGUAUAAAAUAUAAAUAUAGAAUAUUAUUAAUACCAUA